GGGGAUACUGGAAUGCCUCCCUAGAAUAGGGUCACUUUCUCUCGUGCUCCAACAGUUCCCCUCAUGGCGAUCUGUCUGGGGCAGUAAAGGGGGAUGAUCCAUAAAGUCCAAUGGGAACGAGUUGUCCGUUUUCUGAGCUUACUGCUUUUGACGACUAUUGCUGUGCUGGCACAACCUCUCGCUCCUCAUGCAAGGUGUGACCGCGAAAAAGAAAACAGUCAACUCAAAUGCCAUUGCCGGCCAUUAUCGCCAUUCCGCGCUGAGCUUCAAUGGGGUUUUCACUCGGCUGGUGUAGGGACUUGGGUUGAUUCUCCUUGAGUGAACCCAUGUUUUUCAAAACUGCAUUCCCACAUGGGUUCCAUUCCUUGCUUUCUUGCGUCAAAAGCCUGAGCAUCAUUAACACCAUUUCUGUUAAAUGGA